AUGGCAGACCUCGUAAACGUCACGCCUAAGCGGAAAAGAGGAGCAGAUGUCUCUUUUUCGCCGUUGAAGUUUUCAUUUGACCUCUCCGCGACCGGCGCACCAGAGGAAGGGGGCAACAGCCCUCGCUCGUCGACAGUCGUACACAGAUUCCGCGGCCUUGCGCUUGAGAACGGCGCGGUAGUCGAAGCUGCUGAUGAGAUGGACGUAGAAUCCGAUGCGUCUACGAGGAAACGCCAUAAAUUAGAUCAAGAUGCUGCGGUGGUGCAGCCGCAACCAGAGCCCAAGCUGGUGUUUGGACCGGAGAUGGAAACUACCGCAGUGGUUGAAAUGACCGAUCGCGCCGUGUUACAGCCCCAAGUCCAGCCUCCCUCGUCCGAAGGCCUCCUCCAGAACGCAAAUCCUUCCAUCAACCGCUUGUCCGAGUCCCAGUCAAGGAAGAAGAGAGCUGGCACUCCCCCCCUCCGAUUUAAAAAAGGGCAUCCUCAAGAAGGACUGUCCGACGCCGAUGACGAGGCGGAAGUCGUAGAUCCUUUGCGUGCGUCGCUAACCUGGCAUGAGGAUGAAAUCACAAUAUACGACCCCAAUGACAAAGAUGACGACGGCACCGGUAUCAACGGCGUGGGGUUCAAGCCCACCCCGGCACUUGCGCAUGCGCGGGUCAUGAAGAGGCGACAGCAAAUGGCGGAAUACAGGAAGCGGGAAGAGAACGAAGCCAGGAACAGGAGAAGCCAGAGGCGCCGAGGAGAGCUAGCUGCAUCAGCCAGGCGAGAUCGCAAGUCACCACCUUCGAGGAAAGUCAGAUUUAUGGAUGCUGAAAGCAGGAACAUUACUAUGACGGCAUGA